GCCCGACUGCUUGCCCUGCCGAAUCGUCGUUGCAGCUUCAGCAGCAGCACCAGCGCCAGCGCCCACAGUAGCUGUACUUGACCUUGGGAACGCGCUUACAUUCCAACCUACAUUUUUUUCUGCGCCACGCCCCUCGAUACGCCGGCACACCAUGGAUAUCAUCCUUGAGGUAGCAGACACCCUGUUGCUUGACCGCUUUUACUCGACAGUACUUCCAGCCAGUCCAGCUCAGUACUUGCACUACAAGAUCAACGAUGUCGUGAACACAACCUUUUCAAGUAUUGGACAAGCGGUGGCUGGAGGGCCUCAAUAUGACUACACGUACGAGCCGGCUUCACAGUUUAUAAGCUUGGAACCCACGCAAUGGACAUACAGCAGCUCAUGGCCUCGCGACAACAUAUUCCGACAAGCUAUUAGCUUGUUUACCAUAGUGUGGUUCUUCGGAGUUCUUCUAUAUUUUGUUUUCGCCUCCUUAUCAUAUGUCUAUGUGUUCGACAAGACAACAUUCCAGCACCCGAAAUAUCUCAAGAACCAGGUCCGCAUGGAGAUCGUCCAGGCGAACAAAGCUAUGCCGGUCAUGUCCCUUCUGACGGCCGCUUGUAUGUUGGCGGAAGUACGCGGAUACUCGAAGCUCUACGACAGUCUUUCCGAUGCGCCUUUCUCGCUGUACAACAUCAUCCAGUUCCCCUUCUUCGUCCUCUUCACCGACUUCUGCAUCUAUUGGAUCCACCGUGGCCUGCACCACCCGCUUGUCUACAAGACGCUCCACAAGCCACAUCACAAAUGGAUCAUGCCGACUCCAUACGCUUCCCACGCUUUCCAUCCCCUGGACGGUUUCGCUCAGUCCAUCCCAUAUCACCUGUUCCCAUUCCUGUUCCCGCUUCAGAAGUUCGCGUAUAUCGCGCUCUUCGUCUUCAUCAACUUCUGGACCAUCUUCAUCCACGACGGAGAAUACUAUGCCAAUUCACCCUUGAUCAAUGGCGCUGCUUGCCACACGAUGCAUCAUUUGUACUUCAACUACAACUAUGGCCAAUUCACCACCUUGUGGGACAGAAUGGGUGGCAGCUAUCGCAAGCCCAAUGAUGAACUGUUCAACAAGUCUACCAAAGUCAGCAAAACAGAAUGGGAGAGGCAGACCCAGGAAAUGGAAAAGAUCCAGGAAGAAGUCGAGGGCGAGGACGACCGUGGUUACCUCGCCACCACGCCUCUCGAGAGCAAGAAGCUCCAGUGAAGAACUCCAGCAAUCACUUAUGCAAUAAUUCCGACGAUUUAAUAUUGCAUGUGCCUCACGAUACUCGACAGUCAAAUUGUACAUAUUUCACGACUGAAGGCAUCAAACUCCGGGCCUACGCGCCACGGGAAAGUAAUGGUAUAGAUAAUGGCGCUUGGAUUGGUUAUACCCUCCAUUGAGCGAAU